AUGGAAGGUGGAAUUGCAGUAUUGGAUAUGGAAGAAUUUAUGAAGAGAAAUGGAUGGAAGAGAAUAAAUGUCCCUCACGUGUUUGCUAAAGUGCUUGAGCUUCCCUUCAACUCAAACACUGACGUUUCUGUCGAAGAAACCCAAGAUUCUUUCCUUUUUAUCGCCGACAGUGCAAGCAGCGACGAUGGUGAGGAAACCGCAGCCAACGACUUCCGGGCUCACGUGAUCAAGAUUCUACCGGGAGCGACAAUUUUAGUACUAAAAGUUGCACACAGUGGUAAUGUCGGUUCUUGCGAGGAUGAGGAGGUUAAUAUAGACACGUGGCGAUUCCGGCUUCCCUCGACUGCGUGUGCGGAGAGGACAAGUGCGAUGUGUAUUGGUGGGCAGUUGGUUGUUACAGUUCCUAAAUGA